UUCGCGGCCGCCGGCGGUCGAGCGCAGACGAGAGGAAUUUUCCCCGUGAGGAGCCCGGGCUCGGUUCAGCUGCUGUGCAGACCUGGGUCGGCGAGAGUGCCCCUCCAGCCGUUCUCCUACCGCUCGCCUGUCAGUCUGAACGCCCCCUGCCCUCCCGCGAGGGCGCCCCGGGACGGAAGGAUCCACCAGCCUGUCGGCGCCCGCCGUUCUCGUGGUCGCCGUCGCCGUCGUCGUUGUGAUAGUCUCUGCCGUCGCGUGGGCCAUGGCCAAUUACAUCCACGUCCCGCCCGGCUCCCCGGAGGUCCCCAAGCUGGACGUCACGGUUCAGGAUCAGGAGGAGCAGCGCUGCCGGGAGGGGGCCCUAAGCCUCCUGCAACACCUGCGGCCGCACUGGGACCCUCAGGAGGUGACCCUGCAGCUUUUCACAGAUGGAAUCACAAAUAAACUUAUUGGCUGUUACGUGGGUAAUACAAUGGAGGAUGUAGUCCUGGUGCGAAUUUAUGGCAAUAAGACUGAGUUGUUAGUUGAUCGAGAUGAGGAGGUGAAGAGUUUCCGAGUGUUGCAGGCUCAUGGCUGUGCACCGCAACUCUACUGUACCUUCAAUAAUGGACUGUGCUAUGAAUUUAUACAGGGAGAAGCAUUGGAUCCAAAGCAUGUCUGCAACCCUGCUAUUUUCAGGCUAAUAGCACGUCAGCUUGCUAAAAUCCAUGCUAUUCAUGCACACAAUGGCUGGAUUCCCAAAUCUAAUCUAUGGCUAAAGAUGGGAAAAUAUUUCUCUCUAAUUCCCACAGGAUUUGCAGAUGAAGAAAUUAAUAAAAGGUUCCUAAGUGAUAUCCCAAGCUCUCAGACUCUUCAGGAGGAGAUGACUUGGAUGAAGGAGAUUCUUUCCAACCUGGGCUCACCUGUUGUGCUUUGCCAUAAUGACCUAUUGUGUAAGAAUAUAAUCUACAAUGAGAAACAAGGUGAUGUACAGUUCAUUGAUUAUGAAUAUUCUGGAUACAACUACCUGGCAUAUGAUAUUGGAAAUCAUUUCAAUGAAUUUGCAGGUGUGAGUGAUGUAGACUAUAGUCUUUAUCCAGAUAGAAAACUACAGAGCCAGUGGCUGCGUUCUUACCUUGAAGCCUACAAAGAAUAUAAGGGCUUUGGGACCGAAGUUACUGAAAAGGAGGUAGAAAUACUCUUCAUUCAGGUCAAUCAGUUUGCAUUGGCUUCUCAUUUCUUUUGGGGAUUGUGGGCUUUGAUUCAAGCCAAAUACUCCACUAUUGAGUUUGAUUUCCUUGGGUAUUCAAUUGUUCGUUUUAACCAAUACUUUAAAAUGAAGCCUGAGGUUACUGCGUUAAAAAUGCCUGAGUAAAGAAGAGAUUUAAUUAUUCUCAAGUAGCUGAACAAUGCUUGUGAAUCUUUUCUUAAGAAAUUCUGGAAAGCCAAUAUUUGAUAAAAUUCUGUUAUUUAAUUUGGUUAUGUUGCUUUACAAAUUAUGCCUCUAAACAACCAAUCUAUUUUUUAAAUAGACUGAAUGAUGUCAAGAAAUAUACCUACUGCUAUCAGUAUGUGGUGGAUUAGAAAUUUGUUAAAUCUACAAAAAGGUAUAAAGAUGUCAGUUUAAUUCUUUGAUAAUUUAAUCUAUGUUUUAUGUGAAUUAUUUAUUAUAAAUUUAACAUGAUUCUGUGACUGCUUUCAUCUGUUUCAUCUGUUUCUUGAGUGUAAGCAAUGAAAAUGUUCCAGAGAAAAAUUUUUUUGUUUUACUUUAAGAUUAAUUUUAGUAAACAUUCUAGGUGUUCAGUGUAACCUUUUUAUCUUGAUGCGCUAUAAGUAAAAUGAAUCAUUUACUCUUGAAAUGCCAGAUAUUGGUAUAGAUAACUUAGGAUGUUCAUAGAAAAAUAUCUGUUUAGGAGGGUGAAAUACAUUCACUAUCUAUGCUAAUGGUACAUCUUUUUGAAUUGAAUAUUGGAAAGUGUUUCUUUUUGGGGAAUAGAUUUUAGAAUUAAAUUCCUCUGUGCCUAUGUAGUCUGGCAGUAUAAAUAUUAAUAUUUACCAUAUAAUACUGGAAUAGAUAUAUGAUGAUUUUUAUGUUACCAAAAUCUGCAUUAAAUAACGUUUUCAUAUACUAAAUAUGGUCAUUUAAGUUACUAGUUUGUUUUUAAAAUUUUACUAUCUCAAGUUGUUUCUAACCAAAAAUUUUGUUUUACUUAUUGAGAUGUUCUUUGUUUUUGUUUGUUAUUAAAUAGUAACUAGUAGAACAAUUGCUAAUUUUUGAAACAAAGAUAGAAUGUUUAUCAUACUUGGGAACAAGACAAUGUCAUUUAGAGUAAUUCUUUUUUACCUCUCUAGAUUCAUUCUUUACAUUUUGGUUUCAUGUUUUAGUGUGGUUCCAUGUCUUUAGAAUGAUAGCAAAUGAUUACUUGAUACAUGUAAGUUCAGAGAAGUAAGUUGAAGCAGUUAAAGAAUUAAAUAAGGAACAUUUAGAACAUUGAUCUUGUGCAUUUAAUAUCAGAUAUAACAAAAUGUGAAUUAAGCAGAAAUUCUCAUGGUAGGAGGGCUUCUGUUUGUUUUGAUUUAUCUUGAUUUUGUUUAAAUGUGUUUUUUAUUUUGUUUGAGAGUGUGAGGAUGACAAUUAUUAUAUGGAAGGAAGUUAGAUCUUUGGGAUAGAUAAGUAGGCUUCAAGUUUUGAAGACUGCUGUGUGGAGUUGAGCAAUCAUGGUUAACUUUACUUAGAAAAUUAGUCUGACAAGCUUUGCACUUUGGUCACAUAAGUGCCCAUGUACAAAGUUGGCUUGAUGGAUCUGCAUAUUCAGAAUAUGCAACUACAGAUUUAUCCUCUGAGAAAUCUUCUGGGGAGUCUGAUGUAUUAUUCCAAAUGACUUAUAUUCUCAGAUAAGUGCUUUAAAAUACUUGGAUUAUCUCAAGAUAUUUAAAGCUAAUAAAACAAGUAGAAACACUUAAAGACCAUUUAAAAUGGUAAAUUCUAGUUGCAUAAAUAGAAUCUUAAAAUCUGUUUGUAUCUAUAACAGUGUUAGACCGAGAUUUGUUUUCUACCUCCCCAGUGUUACAGAUGUUCACUUCUGUUUUUAUAAAUCAUAUUACUGUAGGAUCAACAGAAUUUUACCUAAUUGACUAAAUGAAUGGAACCAAUUAAUUAAUAGCUUUUUAUAUAAUGUUAGAGUGAACCUGAGAAAUUGUUUUUGGUGGAAUUUUCAUCUGUGGUUGGAACAUUUUCUUGGAAUGAUGAAGAAUAUGUAAUACUCUUGUUUUUUUGCUUUCUGACUUCUUAAAGUGCAACAGUAUAUGUCUUGGAGAACUAUUGGGGGAGAGAAGAUCAUUUUUCUACCUUAUUCCAUAUUCUUCAAAGUGUUUUGAAUAGAGAUUCACUGAGCCAUUGCUGGUAGACUAUGUGCAUAGCUGCUAGCUGUGACACUAUUGUUAGCAUGUCAAAGAGAUUCAUAUACAAGUGAAUGUAAAGGGGAAUAAAGGCUCUCACUUUAUCCCUAGGCCUAUGCAGUGGAUCUUGGGAACAAAAUAAGAUAUUUAGGAUAUUUCCUCCACUCAGGCUAGAUUUUGGGUGUUGUGAUGCUCCCACUUCCUGUACAGGUUUUUGGGAUCAUGCUGCAGGCUAAAAGUAGGGUUCAAAAUUACUUCCUUUUUUUUAAUUGACCAUUUAAGGGAUUCUAAAGAAGAAACAUCCCUCUCAAAUUUGUCCUGUAGCUUGCUAAGAUGUCUGUUGCCUUUUUAUGUUAAGCUAAAAAACUUGAAUGCCUUACCUAAUAACUCAAUUGGUAGUAAGCUCAUUGUGUAAAUAUGAAAAUGGUUGUUAGAGAAGUGGCAUUCGUGUCUACUCAUUGUUAGUUAAUAGACCAUAGUGGCCUGGAUGCUGUAACAAGCAAAAUUCCACAUUUUUUUCUCUUUGU